UCAGAACUCCACUUGGCCGCGGCGUAUCAUACGCACGGAGGGGCCCUCCCGUGAAACGCGCCCGGGGAAACAAUGGUAGCGAGUCCGUUGUGAAGAAUCCCGAAACACAAGGUCCUGCUCCGAUUGCUUCUCUUUCGUGAAACAGGGAAAAAAACGCGUUAAAAAACCGAACAAAAAGCACCCUUCGUUGCGGGAUUGUUCGCGAAAAGUGGUAGGUUCCGGAUAUAAGUUUCCGGGCGCCCCGGGGUGCAUCCCUCUUGCCGUAAGGAUCUUUGGGAAAAAUUAUUUUUCCGCAAACGCGCACAGAGACACAGGAAAAUAUCGCACAGUGAAAUAGCCGUCCGAGCAACGACCUUCGAAACUCCUGAUCGAACACGUCCUGAACAUCACGCUCGGCCAUCGUGCGCGACACAUGUGUGUGCGUGUGCCGGGCGGUGCGCGGAACGCCACGCACGCCUACGGACAGGGUGGUCGGUAGAAGAGCCUCACGAUGAUCCUGAAAACGUGAAAGUGUCAAACACAGUGAAUCGGUUAAAAAUCGGAUUGUUAAAUUGUUUUGCAAAACGCUCAGAUAUAUUACCGAGACGACGUGUUCGUGCGCACGCAGGACACGCACGCAAUACGAACGCACACAGCACGCAACCCCCGGGAUGCUGUUGUUAGGACGGACUCGCCGACGGCUUUCUUGAACGUUUGUCGGACCACCCUAUCUUGAGACCGGGGCUAGCGACGGGACACAAGACAGAGUGAUAUGUUAACCGAGGAUAAUGAUCCGACGAAACCAGCAGGGGUUUUAGACAAUGCUGGCAACGUGUCUUCCUCGACAGAAGCCUCGGUACAGCACCCACGAGCCGCAAACAAUGAGACCGAAGUUAAGAACGAGGUGCAGGACUGUCCCGAAAAUGACAGCGUGCCAGGUGGUGAGCUGUAUAUCGACGAGAACGCCGAGGAAAAGGAGCAGGAGUAUCCGGAUUCGAUGGAAAAGGCGGAUUAUGGUUCCCUGUACGCUUCCAACCAAUAUUACAACAGCUUAUACAAUUCACCGCCGUACGGAUCAACAACAGUCUCGAAGAACGCAUCCAGCUUGCAGAACUCAUAUCUAAGCUCUUACACCUCGUCGAGCUCGAUGACGCAAUAUCCGUCCUACGGUUAUAACAGCGGGACGACAACCUUUCCGAACAUGGCGCAAAAUAUAUCAGCUUCCCAGAAAUUAGAUUAUAGUGCGUACAGCAGCAGUUUGUACGCGAACGACAGGGUACCGCUCCAGUAUUCCGGAUAUUAUUCCGUGCCCGGUUAUCACGGGCCGUCGGCUUCGUUCAACAUCGGCAACAUUAACUUCGACUCGACCAAGCCCGCGCUCAUGCUGGACCCAACGGCGCACGACGCGAGCGAUCUGACCGCACGGGAAACCGCAAACAUCGAAGUGACAGUGACGAAGCCAUGCAAGCGCGGAAGAAGGCAAAGCGGAAGCGGAAACAGUAUCGGUUCUGCGGACACGACGGAAGCCGGGCCCGAGCGUAUAUUCAUUUGGGACCUCGACGAAACCAUAGUUGUGUUUCACUCCUUGUUAACCGGACAGUUCGCCACCAAGUACGAGAAGAACCAGGGUCCUCUGGCUCAGGUGGCGUACAGGCUGGAGGAGAUGAUAUUCAAUCUGGCAGAUACGCAUUUCUUCUUCACUGAUAUUGAGGAGUGCGAUCAAGUGCAUAUAGACGACGUCUCGUCGGACGACAAUGGUCAGGACUUGUCGUCCUACAACUUCGCGACCGACGGUUUCCAGAGCGCGUCCGCCAACAAUGGUAUCUGCCUUGCUUCUGGCGUGCGGGGUGGCGUCGAUUGGAUGAGGAAGUUAGCAUUUCGUUAUCGCAAGAUCAAAGAGAUCUACUGCAAUUAUCGCAACAACGUGGGCGGUCUACUGGGCGCGAAGCGCGAACAAUGGAUGCAACUGCGCACCGAGCUCGAAGUGUUGACCGACAACUGGCUGACGUCGGCUGUCAAGUGUCUGAACAUCAUCAACAAGAGGAGCCACUGCAUCAACAUCCUGGUUACGACCACGCAGCUGGUUCCCGCGCUCUCCAAGGUCCUGCUCUUCGGCAUCGGCGGAACAUUUCCUAUAGAAAAUAUAUAUUCAGCUGCCAAAAUCGGAAAAGAGAGCUGUUUCGGCAGGGUAGUCGCCCGAUUCGGCCGUAGGUGUACGUACGUGGUGAUAGGAGACGACUCGGACGAGGAAAUGGCCGCGAAGGCGCAUAACUUUCCUUUCUGGAGGAUAAACAGCCAUACGGACAUUCAAGCCCUGUACAAGGCCUUAGACAUGGGGUUUCUAUAAAUUAAAACAAAGUGUGGCUUCAGUUUUUUUUCUAUGAUUUUCAAAUCGCACAGCGUCUGUGCAACUUAUAGCAACAAGACUACAUGCUUAAUUAUUCUUUUUUCUUCCUUUUUUUCCGGAAGAAAAAGCUCUUGUCAUUUCUUUAAUAACUUGUAGUGUGUAAUAUAAACAAAAAAAUUAGCACUCUCGUAUGAUGUUCUCAUAUGGCUGUAUUCGAAAUAAUUCCGUGAACUCGGUCGGGCGCCUCGUCUGCAAGUGAUAUAGUAUGAAAGUAAGAUUUUUAGUGAUAACGCGAGCUAUGAAAAUUCGAAAUGUAUAAGAAUUUGUAUGUAUAAUAAAUUUUUUUUUUGAAGGGGGGAGGAGAGAAAGACACGAUUCUAGUGGCAACUCUUAGUCCGUGUAUUAUAUAUAUAAAACCAAAAAAAAAAAGGAAUCUUGUGAAAAGUAUAACGAAAAAAAUUAAUAUACCUUAUAUAUGUGUAUGUGUAUAUAUAGGUAUAUACAUAUACAUAUACGCGCGUUUCACAUUUCGUUAUCAUUGUACUUAAAACGCACCAAGUUUGCAUAUUUGUUUUCAACGACAGAAUUGAGUGGUUUUUAUUAUUGUUAUGUAAUAACAAUUUAUUAAUUGCCUUUGUGUUCGUCACACCACAUGUAUGUUUUACAUUCCUUACAAUUUUUAUACUACGAGAGAAAGAGAGAGAGAGUAACAUAUAGUUAGUAAGCGGUACACAUAUUGAUUAUGUAUAUUUUGAAGAUAUCCAUAUCAAAUUCCACACAUAUAUAUAUAUAUAUACAUUACACGUCACUCUUACUGGACACAAAUGCACUACUAAGAAGUAUUUAUACAUUUGUAAAAAAAUAUAUAUUAUAUAGUUAUAUAACUAUAUAUAUUUUGGAAUUGUACAAGACUAUAUGACAAACAACAACAAAAAUGCAUUAAUAUAAUAAAAGAAGGGAACGAAUUAGUAUAGUUGCUAAUUGCGGUUGGCAUUGUUAUGUGUAAAGACAGUUUAUAGAAAUUUUCUGAAUAUAUCGUAUUUGAUUCGUUGAAGCUAUAUAUUAAUAAAAAUAUAAUUGAAAGUAUAAAAAACACAUAUGCAACGAUAUGCAGCGUAUGUGUAUGUCAAAGAGGAUGCGAAAAUGCAAAAUAUGUUUUGAUCCGUCUCUUUGUCUCUUAUUUAAAAUCAGCAUGGGAUAUUAGUGUUUCAUGAUAUAUCAACCACACCGUUCUUAUGAAGUUACUUAAGUGUCAUCGAAAAAUUCUCGUUUCACAUUAAACAUAUGUAUGUGUGUGUACGCCUGUUUCAAUCAUGCGAAUAAUUCAACUUCCGCUUCGCUUACUGUUAACACAUCAAAUUUAAAUAAUAGUUUUGUUCAUGUCUCAUAAAACUGUGACUUUAUUUGCCGAACGAACUACCUUUCAAUAUUGAUGAAAAUAUUUUGUAUGUAUACAGGCCUGUUUUUCAUUACAAAAAUUAAUUACAAUUUAUUUCAUCUCAUUAUUACAGCAUCUCCGUAUUUUUACAUAUGAGCAUUCUAUCAACAAAAUAAUCACAUUUUAUAACGCUUAUCGUAAAACACGUAAAAACUAAAUAGCUAUAUUUUUUUUAUUUAACCUCUUUCCUUACUUUUUUUUAAUAUUAGAGAGCUCUAAACAGAGUCUUAAAAAGAAAAAUUUGAAUCACUGUUACAUAGUAACAUAAGUGGGAG